AUGGCAACGGGUGACCCCUCUCCACCGUCCAGUACUCCUGGAUUGGUGGUACCCUUGGUGAUUUGGGGACCAAAACCUCCGGAGAACAAAAUGACAGUGGUACGAUAUAUGAGCGACAAUGCGACAAUCAUUACGGGAGCCCAAAAUGGUCAUAUAAUUACUUGGAAUUGCAAUGGAAGCACUUUGACCCCGGGGCAAUUGAUGAUAGGUCACGAAGCUCCAAUCACAGCCAUUUCGCCCACUAAUAGUCUGCCAACUUCAACAAGAUUUAUUUCCGCUUCUUGCGACGGUCAUCUGUGCCUUUGGGAUAUACAGGAUGGUCGGUGUAUCGACUCGGUUUCGACUUUAUUCAUUCAUAGGCACAUGCAACCUUAUACUUAUAAAUCCUCUCGCCAUACGAGAUCCACGCGGCUAUUCUGCAUAGGUGAUUAUAGCGAUAUAGUGGUUAUGGAUCCACAGGAUCUUACUGUUGUUUUCUUGUUGAGUUCAAGGGUAGAACCUGACUGGGUAUGCAGCUAUGAGAUCGUACAGAGACCAAGUAAACCUGAACAGUGCAUUGGUGUCUCCAUGGCUGGCAUGAUAAAAAUUUGGUCGUUAGUGGAGCUCGAGAAGAAGGAUCUUGCCACUCCCUUGUACGAGGAUGAAUCUAAGAGACUGGAGCUGAGAGAUGUGAAAGCGGUGUCUUUCAAUCCUGUGAAUCACAAGGUGUUUCUCGUUGUUUGCUCGAAUGUCUGGCAGUUGCUCGACCUGGACGAGUUGGCUGCUGCCAUCACCUACGAAUGCCCGGCGAGAGCUGUAAGCGGGAAAAUUUUGUGUAUCGACAAAGUAGCCAUAGCUUACAAUGAUCACACUGUGCGAGUGUAUCAGCUUCCUCUGGACAAACUGGAAGGUGCGCAAGCUCGCCAAGCCUUCGGUGUGGAACCUAAGAACUUUUUGGGUAUGGCAAAUCCUUUCGAAUUUGCUGUUUUGGAUACAGCUCAUGCAAAUCCUCGUUCGUGGCUUAAUGAUGUAACGUUCACCUUCGCGCGACAAACUGGCGAUUCUAAUCUAUUUCAAGUCGCAAGGGUCAGUCAUGCUGGACAGUUACUGAUCUGGAGAAUUCCCAACUUUGACAAGGAUUUUCUCAACGGCUACCAUUCAAUCUCACAAUUUCCACUCAAAUUCGAUCCAUCACACGAGGAGAGUUUAGCUGCUAUUUGGAGUAGUCUCAGCGAUAAUGAGCAGUCGUCCUUGCCUGUACUGGACCCUGGCGAUGUGACAAGCUCUUUGUUUGUGAGCAGUCAAGGAAAAUUGCUGAUUGGCAGGGCAGAUGGCUUAAUUGUCAUGACAUAUGCUUGUGAGACGUUAUCGCGGCAGUUACUGGAUGUAUCCUUGGAAAAACCUACUACGCGAAGGCUGAACGGGCACAAAGCGGCUGUGACUAAUCUUUUCUAUCCCUUUGAACAUCAUCCACGUUUUGAUCCUCAAGUCUUGAUUUCUGGUGCUGACGACUUUGCCGUAAUUGUCUGGAAUAUCAACACUGCGGCCAAGCUAUACAAGUUUAGCGUGCAUGGUGGUCCUAUAUUACGCUUCCUAGUUCCUCCAGCUAAUACUAGUAAACAAAUGAGCAAGUGCAUCUGCUCAGUGGCAGCUGAUAAUAGCGUGGCACUGCUAAAUAUUCGUGACAUGAAAUUGGCUUUGCUUGCGUCACGACAUCCUCACCCUGUCACACUAGUCAAAUGGCGACCACUGGAUGAUUUCAUGCUUGUCCGACUAGAUGAUGGCAGCGUGUAUGUGUGGCAGAUGGAAACAGCGAAUAUGGAUCGUGUCGUGACCGGCGUUGUGGCUGAGGAAGUUCUAGCGGCUUGCGACGAACAAAUUGGACGUGAAGAAGGCACUGAGGAAGUGGCAGCACCACAAGCCAUUGUACUUAUGAGGACAUUGCGAUAUCGUGGCAUGGACAUGAUGAAGGGACGAACAAGCACUGGCGCGUCUGAUUCGAGCACGCCUAAGGUUGAGACUCCUCCGUCAACCUACGAUACUGGAGCAAUUCAACUUGGGCCUCCUAUGACUAUCCAUUCCUUGCCUGGAUGCAAUCACGGAGCUCAUCUUAUCCAGUUCGAGGUUGGUAGCCUCAUCGGCGGCAUCGUGAAUCUCGACGCUAGUGACGAGGCCCUUAUGAGACGUCCUUCUGCCCAAAGUAUCACAAAAGCUGAUUGUACUGAGGAAGCACCGAAUGCCGAGCUUUCGCGGCGCCUCAUGUGGCAGUUCGAAUCCAAUCUUUAUCUGGACAUCGCUCGCUUGCUUCUGUCAUUUCUGCAUGCCUGGAAUCUUGACAAAGAUCUGGAUGCUGUUUGCAUAAAGAAGCUGGCUUUGAAUAAACCCAAACAGCAGCUCUACUUUGGAAAUGUUUCCAGACACGGGCAGCUGUCUGUGGUGUUACCGCAACGUACUCAACGAUCCUUUGACACAUUUUCGACGGAUCUUCGAUGGCAGGCUAGUCAUUCUUUGACCACCACUCACUUAUUAGCAGUCAUCUCUACAGCAAACACUUUGAUGGGUAUGAGGAAUGCGGCUUCACAAAUUGAAAAUACUCGACGUAGCUCCUUGGCAAGUGCACAUCCACUAGCACGCAAGACGACGAAAGAAGGGAUCAUAAGUGAAAGGCAACAAUUGAAACAAGGGUGGAGCCUCUUGGCAGCAUUGCACUGCGUCCUACUACCCGAUCAUGUUCACCCGAGGAGCAGCUACGCAGCGCCACGCAUCGAACUUCUUGCCAGAAGGUGGCAAGACAGCUGUGUAGAGAUACGAGAAGCAGCGCAAGCUUUGCUUAUCCGUGAAUUAUCACGGUUAGGAGCAUCAGGACGGAGACGUCUCAUUGAAUCCUGGACACCAUUCCUGCCACCCUUGCUCGAUCCUGCACUGUCGAUUUUUGGGGCCAGACUGCAGUCCUCAGUACCAGCUUUGCCUCCGUCAGCUCCUCCCAUUCCUCCCAGGCAUAAGUCAUCACCGCCUCCGCUGGCACCUGUACCAGAACCUUCCAUCGCAGAAGAUGGUGAGUCUGGGGUACAACAGGUUCGUCGCAAUCAAGCCACUGCUAUCAUUCUCCUUGGUGUUGUAGGUGCAGAGUUUGGAGAUGAGCUGAAUAGGGCGGAUCUAACUCGAGCCACUGCGCUUUCGUUGUUGGAGCUUCUCGUAGCCGCGCCUUCACCAUUGCUACCCGUCCAUUCUCCUUUGCGGCGAGCCGCCAUAGACCUUCUAGGACGUGGUUUCGUCCAUUGGGAACCACAUUUGGAGAUUUCCAAAGUUGUUCUAGGUCUGCUCGAUCUAGCCGCGAAUACGGAGAAACAACCACCGCCACCAAUUAUUGGCGCCCCAUUGUCCCCUAUAGCCGAUGCUUGCCGCACAGCACGUCAUGCUUUGACGUUGAUUGCUACAGCCAGGCCCACAGCUUUGCUGUCUGCUUUGAGUAUGGAGGUUGCAAGAUAUAACUCUGCUGCACAGCAUCAAACUAUUCAGCAUACGGUUGUAAGUCCAUUGCUAAAAUCGCGAACUGAGGUCCUGCGGAUCAUAGAGGAGUUAUCAGAAAAACGUUAUGGAGAAGUGGUGGAGAUGAUGUUGCCGGUAGGGGAUAUCCUUGUCCAUUGUUUGGAUACUUCCUUACUCAAGCAGAAGACUCUUUCCGAUGUGUUCCCUCCAAUAACCAAGUUCUAUAUGGUGGCCUACUGUGCGCCUACACGUCGUAUAGCUUUCGGUGGAAAGAAUGGCACAUGCGUUGUACACGAGCUUAGAGCAGCUAAAGCUCAUAGCUUACAAGCCCAUCAAGGUCCUGUCACAGCAGUGGCCUUUUCAGAAGAUGGCAAAUAUCUGGCGACAUAUGGUGGGCAAGAUGCCAAAAUAAACUUUUGGCAGACUAGUCAGACAUUUUUGGGCAUGGGUCAGAGUCAGAUGAAACUCGCUAAGACCCAACCAGCGCCAUCUUUGCCACCAGUUCCAUCCAGUCCCAGCAAUGGCGUUCCCGCUUUCAGACCCAGACUCGUUUGGAUAAACUCUAAAGCGUUAACGCUCAUGUUGCCUGAGGGCAGAGAGCAGAGAUUUAGUAUCUAACUUAGGAAAUUAUAUCUAUAUCAAACCGUGAUUCACUUGGAAGCAUAAUUCUAUUUCUCAGUUGAAAUCGCAGUUCUAGUCUUUUUCAUUGCUUGUGAUAUAUUUUUUUGCUGUGAAUCAUUAUUCGUUCCCAGCAUUGCCCAUUGUGUUGUGAAAAUUUUGCUGCCAUAUUAUUUUGCAUGUUCUUGACUCAUUGACUAUUUAUUUCAUCCAUACAGCACGUGUUUGUGGUAAUCUCUGUUUUCUGAUGGUGCAACCAUUAGGGGGUCACAAUUCUCAUUCCUUGGUAUACAGAGUAGGCAUGACGAUUGAUACGUGAUUUUGGCGAAUAAAUUGUUCAUAUACUUA